AUUGGUUGUUUUCUAGCCUAAUCCUUAACGUCCUAUAUGCGACGUAACAUGUUUGCCAUGAUUUUUCCGACCAGGAGGCGGGAUUCGUUUGUGGGUUAAUCCAGUGAAUAAAUGAGACAGGCAAGCAGCAUCUCUCCUCUUCCUCCUUGCCUAGUACAAGGAAAAGUUAAAAGACCUCCUCUCCCACCCCACUUACACACACCCUUCACUGCUGAGCUUUUAUUACAGCUGUCUGUCUCCCAAACUCGCCCGUAUCCAGGCACUAUACCAUACCCUGCAGAGAGGUGGCAGGCCAAGGGUAUUGCACGUCAUAUAUCAGAUGGUGCAGGGGAAUGUCGCCGCCAGCCCUGUCAACCCCAAGCUGAAGCAGACCAAGGAAAUGCGGCCUCUGGUGGGGGCGAGCGUCCUGGGAGUGCUGCUGGUGCUCGCUGCGGUCGUGGCCUGGAGCUACUACACUGCCUCGCUGCGCAAGGCGGACCUGCUCAAGACCGAGCUGCUGGAUCUCAACCGCGAUGGCUUCGUCAUCUGGAACCGCCCGGGCGGGAAGAUUGUCUUCCGCAUGGACUUCAGGUCAGGGGCCCUGGACCUGGACUCGUGUUCGAAGGAAGGUAAGAUCCUGAGCUGCACCCAAUCUGAUGCUGGGAAGCUGAACUUUUUCAUCCAGACGGUGAAGCCCAAAGAGACUGUGAUGUGCUACCGCGUGCGCUGGGAGGAGUUUUCAGAGCGUGAGGUGGAGCACGCCAUGUCCUAUAAGGGGGCGCACUGGUAUGGGGGUGCUGAAACCAGCACCCAACACUGGCCCAUCUUGAUCUCUGGGUUGCAGCCCCCUAAACCGUUUCUGACGAGCGACAUCUACUCUAGCCGUGAUGCUUUUGGGGGGAUCCUGGAGAGGUACUGGCUCUCCUCCAGCGCGACCGCAAUCAAGAUCAAUGACUCUGUGCCCUUCCACCUGGGCUGGAACGCUACAGAGGAGACCCUCUACUUCCAAGCCAGAUACCAGAACACCCCCUACAGGCCUGCCUCUGGGCAGGAGCCAUUCCCAGAGCUGAGUUACCGUGUCUGCGUCGGGUCUGAUGUGACCUCCAUCCACAAGUACAUGGUUAGGAGGUACUUCAACAAGCCCACCAAGGUGCCCGCGGAAAACACUUUCAAAUACCCUAUCUGGUCCACCUGGGCCAUCUACAAGUCUGGGAUCGACAGGGAGAAGCUCCUGAGAUACGCGGAGAACAUCAAGAAGAACAACUUCAACUGCAGCCACCUGGAGCUUGACGACCGGUACACCACCUACUAUGGUGACUUCGAGUUCGACCCUGUCAAGUUCCCCAAUGCCACAGAGAUGUUCCAGAAUCUCAGGGAUGAUGGCUUCCAUGUCUCCCUGUGGACGCAUCCGUUCAUCAAUUACAACUCGUCCAACUUCGGCGUGGGGAUUGAGAGGGGCCUUUUCGUCAGGGAGCCCACGGGCCAGCUGCCUGCCAUGGUGCGCUGGUGGAACGGCAUUGGGGCCAUCCUGGAUUUCACCAACCCGGCUGCACGUAGCUGGUACCUGUCCAAUUUGAAGGACCUCAAGUCCAAGUACGGGGUAUCUUCCUUCAAGUUCGAUGCAGGCGAAACCAGUUACCUCCCUGAGCAGUUCAGCACUUUCACCCCGCUGCCUGACCCCAGCUACUUCACGCGGCGCUACACAGAGAUGGCCAUGCCUUUUUACGAACGAGCUGAGCUGCGAGUAGGUUACCAGUCACAGAACAUCUCCUGCUUGUUCCGCAUCAUUGACCGGGACUCCGUCUGGGGAUUCGAGCUGGGCCUCAAGUCCCUCAUCCCUACAGUGCUCACCAUAAGCAUCCUGGGGUACCAGUUUAUCCUGCCGGACAUGAUCGGGGGCAACGUCUACCCCAACCGCACCGACGGCUCUGGCGAGCUGCCGAACCGGGAGCUCUACAUCCGCUGGCUGGAGCUGUCUGCAUUCAUGCCCUCCAUGCAGUUCUCCGUCCCACCCUGGCACUACGACAAGGAGGUCAUUGAGAUCGCACAGAAGUUCACAGCUUUGCACGAGACCCUGGUGGCCCCCCUGGUUCUGGAGCUGGCGGGGGAGGUGUUGGAUACCGGGGACCCCAUCAUCCGGCCCCUCUGGUGGAUCGCCCCCAACGAUGAGAAUGCCCACACAGUUGACUCGCAGUUCCUCAUUGGGGACACCCUCAUGGUGGCUCCCGUGCUGGAGCCUGGCAAGCAAGAGAGGGACAUAUACCUCCCCAAAGGCAGGUGGCGGAGUUACAAAGGGGAGCAUUUUGAUAAGACGCCCCAGCUGGUCACUGAUUACCCCAUCGAUCUGGAUGAGAUUGCUUAUUUCACCUGGGUGUCGUAGGGGCUUUUGCCGUCUGUUUUUAUUUGAGUCAAAAAGUACUGAAAAGAUAAACGCACACACACACACAGAGCAAAGGUCAGUGUUUCUGUUUACCGACAGGCCUACUCUGUUCACCCAUGUGUCUUCAUUAACAAUCUAGUUGAAGUUCCUUAUUUUUGUUAGUGAAAUAUCUUUAGCCCUGAAGUCCAGUCUGUAACCCAUAGCAUGUGUGUGUUUGUUUUGCUUUACUUUUUCUUAAACACUUUUCAUACAGCAGUCAAUGAGAACAACUGAAUGCAUUAUGAUGCUGAACUUCUCAUAACUUGCACUGGUUAUACCUCAAUCAUGCUUACUGAAAUAGUAUUUUAUUAUAUAUCUAUCUAUUAUUAUUCAAUCUCUUCCUGUCAGCAAUUACUUAAAACACCACCCACUGUAAUAAGUGAUCAGUUCAUAGCAGAUUCUGCAAGAGCGGGAUUGCUGACAGCUGAUUAUUUUAUUCACAGAACUCAUCUAAGUAGUGUUACUGUUACAGAUUAUUUCAGACCAGUGUAAUAACGGGGAUAUUAUUUCUUGUACUUCUACCUGGGGGUAUAAUAUCUGCAUUGGCAUAACAGGUUGUGUGACUGUGUUCAGGUAGGAGACUUUAUUUAAGCUUAAAGCACUAGAUCAAAUUACCUAUGGUCCUUGACCUGCCUUGCAGUAGGAGAUGGGUGUUGUGUUUGGAUGGGGAAUUUGGUUUUCCCUGUAUCCUCUGGAAAUAAAAGGUAUUGCACUGCACUAGGUGCCUCACGCAGCAGAUCCCUGUUGUGGAAAAGCUCCAGCUGGACUUUGUCUCUCUCCCGAGUUUGUUACUUUAACUAAUUACUCAAGUAAGAUUGCAAUUUAAAUCUUCACUAAAUAUGUAAAACUCUGAGAGAGGGAAAGCUUAGUUAAAAAAUAAAAUAAUAAUUACAAAACACAUAUGUAAAAAUGGAUUUAAAAAAAUCGAAAGCGUGGUUGCAUAUUUCAGGUACUAACGCUUUUGCCCAAAUUGCACCUAUAUUGUCCUUUUUAUACAGUGAAUAAAAUAAACCAUUAUAAGCUGCCUUUAUGACCAUACCAUACAUUACACUACACAAUCACAUAGUGCCGUCACCUGUAAGCAUAACCGGGAGCCUUAAAAUCACCAUCAUGUUGCUGAAUGCUAAGUUUUGUGGAAGGUUUGUGCAGUGCCAUUGUUUCUCAGGAUUCCUUUGCUGUGUUUUAUGACCCUGGUUGUUUUAACUUAUAAUUUCUUCCUUGUGCCUCCUCACUAACCAAGACUUGUAAUCCUUUAUGGGGAGGAGGUAAGGAUGGAUAAUGGGGGCGGGUUGGGGUGGAGGGAAAUGCCUUUUUUUCUUUUGAGUAAUGAUUUAUGGAUUGUGAGUAUAUCAUUUUGUGGAAAUAAGUUGUCAAAUGCACUUUACAGCAGGAUUCAAUAAGGGAGUAACAGAAUACCAAAUAUUGCCAUUGCCCUGGAUACCAGAAUAACUAAGGCUGUAAAGGUUUAAAUGAUAAAUGGAAAUUCCAGUCUUAAAAGGCAUAUGGUACUUCACUAAACAUUUACCCAAAUAUGUGCUGUCUAAUGGGGAUAUUGCAUUGAUUCAAAUGUUUCAUCUUGAUGCACUGUAGAACAAUACAAUUGGAUACAGCGUGCAGAGGUCAAUGUAAAAUGAGAAGUAAACACAAAAUAAAAUAGAGAGAACUAUAAAUAGUAAAUCAAGCACUUUUUUUCGUCGAGGAUGGCAGUACUGGUUUCAAUUCAGUAAGACGUGUGAGUUUGUUACCUGUACGCUGGGGCUGAUCAAGCUUGUCUUAACACCUAGAACGGGUGAAACUGCUAUGCAGUUGGAGUUCUGUUUCCAUCCCGAUAGUCUAAACGGUAAACAACUGUUUAAACAAAAGGUUUGAAUGUUUAAUCUGCUCAACACAGAGUACGUUUUUGAGACCUGUAUAGUGAAUGGAUGUGCAUGACGUGGAAAUGUAUUAUUUUGUGAGCUACUGUAUCAGGGAGGAGGCUGGGUGCGAGCCAGCAACUACUCACGCUGCAGGCGAGCAUCUUAACCACUGUACAAAAGAGGCGGGCUCAACUGCAUGUGUGCUUAUAGAGCUUUUAACCUCAUCUCAACUCACUGACGGGACAGAAUCCGGAACGUUAGUGCAUCACACUUCAUUGUCUGUUUUACUAGUCACAUUAAUGGUAACAUUAUAUUAGGGGCUGUGAACAACUGCCCCAUGUCAAUUAUUUAUGCACAGAGAAUUUAAGUUGCACAGUGUUAUGUUAACAUCAGAGCUGCACAAAACAACCAGUGCAGCACAUCAGAGCUGCACAAAACAACCAGUGCAGCACAUCAGAGCUGCACAAUAC